UGUAUACAUAUACAACGCUGUUGUUAGACAGUGCAAAGUAUAUGAUGAGUAAUUCUGUUUUCUUUGAGUAAAAUAUUCGUUUGUACCUGCGUUCUUAAGUGUAACGUAUGUAACAGCAGACAAUAACUGUUGUUAAUGCAGAACAUGAAGAGAAAAAGAAAUGUUAAAUGAACAAAUGAACUUUGUGUAUACCUUCUUCGCCUGCAUUUACCGAUUAGGCUUCAAGCAAAAGUGUAGAUUAAAAUUAUUUUUGUGAACCAUCAGUCAUCAUGGAACCACCAAACAUGUUGGAGCGGUUUUAUGUGAACAAUUGUCGAAAUAUAUUUAACAAACUACUUGAGAUGAGUUCUACGUCUGAUGUGACGCUGAUAGGUGACGAUGGUGCAAGUGUUAAGUGUCAUAGAUUCGUGUUAUCAGCAUGUAGUCCGUUUUUCGAUCGCAUCUUUAUGAAUUUGAAUAAAGCCAAUAGCAGCUCUGAUGUUAACAAAACAGAACUGGUCCUACUCUUGGCGACCUACAAAUCGAUGAAUGUGCAGCGAAUGGUAGAUUACAUUUAUUAUGGUAAACUGAGGGACGAUCUGAGUGAUAAGGACAUCGAUGAUGAUUUCAUUCGUUUAGCGAAUGAAUUAAAAGUGGUUGGUUUGUAUGAGUUGUUGUUUGAAAAACAGCAGAAGCACACUGACAUCAACCACAACACGACUGAAAUAAUCAACUGUAACCAUAGCGAUACUCUCGCUAACAAAAAUAGUCUUCCAGAGACUCAUGCUUUUAAAGCGCCAAAGACGCACCCUGAUAUCAACCACAAGACAACUAAAAUAAUCGACUGUAACAAUAUCGAUGUUCCUGCUACCAAAGGUAGCCUUCCAGACAAUAAUGAUCUUAAAGCACAACAGAGGCGCACUGAUAUCAAUAAUAAGACAACGGAAAUUGUACGUAACAAUGUCCAGGUUACUGCUGUCGAAAAUUAUUAUCUGCAGCAAUUAAUUAAAGCACAACAGACGCACACUGAUAUCAACCAUAAGACAACUGAAAUUGUAUGCAACAAUAUCGACGAUCCUGCUACCAAAAGUAGCCUUCCAGACAAUAACGAUCUUAAAGCAGAACAGACGCACAUUGAUGUCAACCACAAGACCCCUGAAAUAAUCGACUUUAACAAUACCAAAAAUCACUUUCCUGUCAAUUGUGUGGUUAAAGCAGCCAACCUGGUCAUUGAAGAAGUGAAUAGACCAGAGGAAGUACUUAAGCUGUUACCCAAAUAUACAAUUUGGAUGAGGAGACUCACGAAUGUUCAGAAGAGACUAGCUGCAAAAAAUCAAAUUCUCCACGACAAAAUGCCACUGGAGCUGCUCAACGACAUUAUUGAGGGCGUAAAAUACAGCUUUCUAAACCUUCCAAGUGGAGAUCACAAAUGUAUUGCAAAAAUCGAGGGACAAUCAUUUUACGGAAUAGGUUCCAGUCUGAAUGCAGCUAGGUUACAAAGUGUGAAAGUAAUUCUGAAAAGUAUAUUUGGUAUUGCUUAUGAUCAGCCCGCAGUCAUCACGGAAUUAUCUAUUAACGCAAAUGACAAAUUUGGAGAUAUGAUCGAAUGUCUGAUUCUUGAUAAAUACAAGAAUAUUAUGAGCAGCACUUCUCAAUAUUUGGGCUACAAAGUUAUUGCUGGCAUUGUAAAAUCAGUGGACAAUGAUCGCAACAGUCUCAAAGUCAUCUCGAUCGGCACAGGCUCGAAAUUUUUAUACGAAAAGAAUCUUAAUUCGAACGGCAAUGCCGUUCAUGACACACAUGCUGAAGUGGUUGCUAGACGGGGAUUCAUACGAUACAUCUAUAACCAAAUCAGUCACGUUGCUAGCAAUCCAUCGAACAAUAUUUUCGAAAAAACUGAUGCGAUCGAAAAGUUUCGAUUGAAGGCCGGUAUUAAAUUCCAUUUGUAUGUCAGUACGGCUCCGUGCGGUGAUGCUAGAGUUCAUAGUCAUACAAAUGGUAAAGAAACUGUCAACGGUAUCAUCCCAGAGGGUCAACUGAGAACGAAGGGUCAGUGUGCAUUAACUGUUGCCAAGGAUGCAAUGUCAUCAAAAAAUAUUCCCAAUGUAAAUAUGUCAUGCUCUGCGAAAUUGUUACGCUGGAAUGUGCUGGGCGUUCAGGGCGCUAUAUUGUCCGAAUUGAUUGAACCGAUUUACUUGACAUCAAUGAUAUUCGGAGAGAAGUUCGACCCGAAACACAUGAAAAGGGCACUGUACGGUCGUAUUGAAUCUGAUGCCGUCAACUUGCCGAAAGGCUUUAACAUCGUCCAACCGGAGUUAAUGAAAGUGACUGCUACAAAGGCGAAAUCAGCGAUAUUUUCUCCGAAUCAUAGUGCAAAUUGGAACGUACAAGGACACGAUGUGGAAAUACUGGAAUCCACUUCCGGCUGCACAAUGGGGAAAGAUAAAACAAAGCGAUACUCGAGGAUAUCGAAACGGGCAUUUUUCAACGAAUUUAACAAAAUUGCCAGGAAGUUGAACCAUCCAGAAGAGAGUGUGUAUUCCGAUGCGAAACGUAAGGCAUCCGAUUAUCAGAUGACGAAGUCCACAUUGUAUCAAAUAUUCGAGAAUAAUGGCCUGGGCAAAUGGGUACAAAAACGGCAACGUAAUUUGGACAACUUUACAAUUUAAACAAUUCGCUUAAUUUGUUCAGUGAAUCUUAUACAAACAAAAUAAAAACAAACAAACAAACAUAUUUACCAACAAAAAACACCGAAGCCUCAAACUCCUAUUCAAAUAAAAUAAAUUAGCAGUUGAGGUAUACUGGAGCGAUUAUGAUGGAACGGGGAAAAUUGUCGUAAUUCGCUGGUGGCUUUUUUGUCGGUAAAAAUAAUUGCAACACAUCUACCUACACACUUGUAUCAAUUUAUAUGCCAUUGUAAGAUAGAUAUUCUGCUUAUUAUGGUAAAAUAAUAUGGCAGAGAACACAAUUGCGAAUUCAGCAAAUUUCAUCAAGUUAAAAUUAUACAUUUGAGGACAGUACGCGACCCGUACGUAUAUAUGAGCAUGAUAACCAUGUCGUAUAAAUUAUCUGAAAGAUCAUUCUUUUGUCCCAGUCCAAAGAAUAUGUCAAAAACGAAAGAACGCAGGACGCAGCUACAUAUUUAGUAAAUAAUGAACGAUGUAGCCACAACGUCUCUAUGAGGCUUCCCUUCAUUUUAAGCCUUUCU